UUUUUACAAGUGUAUAAACUGCUUUCAGUUUAUGCUAUAUUAAAACCUCCUAAAUAUGGAAAUUUUACUGUUGAUAAUAUGCAACAAACAAAUUUAAUAACAAUUUCUGUUAUAAAGAAUUGUUAUGAAAAUAAUGAAGCUAUAACAGCAAUAGACAAACUAAAAACCAAAUUAAAUGGUCUUAUUAAUGAAGGUGAAUGGGAAUUUACUGAUAUAAUUGAACACAAUUAUUCAUUGGCUCCAAUUGUGGACUGCUUAAAGUAUUGUAUAGCUAGUUAUUUAACUCCCCAAAUAAUCAAAAGAAGUUCUUGUCCAAAAUGUAAAUCUAGUGUCACAAGUAUUGAAUGUUUCACCUCCGAGGCUGAUUUGACAAAUAUUAAAUCUAGGGGAUGGCUGAAACAUCCAAGUAAAUAUUUGUAUAAAUUAUUGAGUGUUGUUGAAGAUGAGUUGAUGAACAAUUUAAGUAAAACAAGUGUUUUUGAAGACACAGUAGAAGCAUUGAUAACCAAGUGUGAAACGUUCACAUUUCCAUGUGCGGAACAUAAAGAUUUUAUUUUACCAUACAUUAUAAAAUAUUAUAUAAAUAUGAGAAUGCGUUAAUGGACUAGGCAAACAAACCAGGAACAGCUUAAAGAAAAUGCGAAAAAAAAGAAACUGUCUAAAUUUUGUAAAUCAUAAUCUAAUAUCUAUAUUCUAUAAUAAUUAAUAUUAUACAUACCUAUAAAUUAAAAACUUAAAAGUUGUUUGUUAUUUUAAAGUUUUUAGACUGAGUACUACCUUAGUACAUAAGCAAUAUCCUAUAAUCGUGCCAAACUAAUAAUUUCAAUACAAAAUAUUAAAAUAAAAAAUUCUCAUGAAAUUUAUUUGUAAAUAUUAUCAGAUAAUAUCUAGAUCGUCUUACGCCACUGAUAAAUGGCAGUACUAGCACAAAAAAGGUUGAACUUUAGCUUUUAAGUUUAACUAAAAAAAAGUUGAACUUUAACUUUUAAGUAGUAUAACACAUUAACUGUUAAUAGUCACAUCAAUGUAAUUUAUUUUUUUCAUGAUAAAUCAUUAAUUACAAAAUGUGUAUGUCGUAGGUUCACAAUGUUAAUUUCAUUUUUUUUUAAUACAUAAUUCUAAAAAUACAAUAUCUUGUAAUAAUCUCUUACA